AUGCGUACAGACCACAAACUACUGUUUGAGAUGCUCCAGUGCACGAGAAUAGCUUGCGGUCUUAGUACUGGGGGCAGAAUAGACACGUUGGAAUGGUGGUGGAAGCAGAAAAUUAAGGAGAACCCUCGGUAUGGAAAGUUCAAGGAUAACGAUAGCACUGAAAUCUACCAUAAAUACAAUCGUCUGUUUGGAGGUAGUUGUGACUCCAUGAAGUACGUAUUGACAUCCAUGAAGCUGUCUCAACUUAUGUUUGACUUAGGCGCCAACUCCGACAUGGAUGAUUUGAACGACAUGUUACCUGUCAAUGUCGAGACUACUGAUUCGAGCGAUGGCCCGACGCCAGGAAGAGCGAGCUCAUCGAUGAAUAUCUCCCUUCAACGAAGCAACGAGAAACGUAAAGGAAAACAUGCCAAGGGGAAGCGAAAGAAGUUCGGUGCGAGGGAGGUUUCUGAGUCGGUAGAUAACCUUGCUUGCACAUCGAGGGAGAUGCCACAGUGA